CAAUUCUGAUGAUGUUUUGGUCUUUUGUUGUGUUUUUUUUUUUUUAUGUCGGAGUGAGGCAUCUUCUCACAUUAGACAUUCUCUGCUGGAGGAGGAGAAGAAGAAGAGGAGGAAGAUGAAGGUGAAGGUGGUCUUCCUCCAUGUGAGACGUGAGUGAGUCUUCAUCAGGACCAGAAAGGAUCCAGAAGUUCCAUCAAGAUCUACCAAGGAUGUGGCCUGGUCCUGGUCCUGGUCCGGGUCCUGCAGGUGAAGUGGUGGACCACAAGACUCCCAUCUCUCCUCUUCUCUCCUGGGCGACCAUGCCUGCAGACCACUUCCCAGCUGCUGGCGUCUCCGGCUCAAGUUGUGGCAGCCAGGUGUGACCCCGCAUGGACUUCAGGGUGAGGAUAGCGCCCAGCCACUGAUUGGACACCUCUUCCUGGGAGCCUGUAUAUUUUGUCCCCCUAGUCCUCCACCAUGGCUCUGAGGACCUCCUGACUCCGGCAGCUGAUGGUCCACCACUGAUUGGAUACCUGUCUCUGGGAGCCAGUACAUUUUGUCCCCCUAGUCCUCCACCAUGGCUCUGAGGACCUCCUGACUCCGGCAGUUGAUGGUCCACCACUGAUUGGAUACCUGUCUCUGGGAGCCAGUACAUUUUGUCCCCCUAGUCCUCCACCAUGGCUCUGAGGACCUCCUGACUCCGGCAGCUGAUGGUCCACCUCUAAUUGGAUACCUGUCUCUGGGAGCCAGUACAUUUUGUCCCCCUAGUCCUCCAACAUGGCUCUGAGGACCUCCUGACUCCGGCAGUUGAUGGUCCACCUCUAAUUGGAUACCUGUCUCUGGGAGCCAGUACAUUUUGUCCCCCUAGUCCUCCAACAUGGCUCUGAGGACCUCCUGACUCCGGCAGUUGAUGGUCCACCUCUAAUUGGAUACCUGUCUCUGGGAGCCAGUACAUUUUGCCCCCUAGUCCUCCACCAUGGCUCCGAGGACCUCCUGACUCCGGCAGCUGAUGGUCCACCACUGCGUCCCGCCUUCUGAUGGGCGCCAGCGAGCGCGGGAUCCAUCUUGAGCUCCACAGCAGAACUUGAAAAAGAGGAAGUCCUCUCCCCCCCACUUAGUGGCGGUGGGGGGGAGGGUGGAGUUUAGGUGUAGUACUGGUGUAGAUGUCCUCAGGCUGUGGACUACAAGGCAUCUCUGUCUGACUUUUUCUGGUUUUAGCCUGAGCUAAGUUAGCGCACCUCGCUAGGUUAGCAUUAGCCAUGGAUGCUAAUCAGGGGCCCGGCCAGGGCGGCCCUGAAAGCCCCAACCGGGCGGUGGAGUACCUCCUGGAGCUCAACAACAUCAUCGAAAGCCAGCAGAAGCUUCUGGAAACGCAGCGGCGGCGGAUCGAUGAGCUGGAGGUCCAACUGGACCGGCUCAGCCAGGAGAACAAGGACUUGCGCUUGGACCGCCAAGCCGCCGCGCCCCCACCGGAACCCCCUCUGCCUCCGCCUCCGCCGCCGCCGCCGCCUCCGGCCCCGUUCUCCUCGGCCCCCGCCAAGAACCACCACCACCACAACAGCCAAGCCCCGCCCAAGCCGCCGUCCUCCGUCCCGCUCUACCACAGCCACCACCACCACCACGGCGCCUACAACAGCACCAACGACGCCGCCGUACCCACGCAGAUGGCUCCGCCUCCACCCCCCAACCUGCCUCGGGGGCACAGCCGCCUGCGGCGAGUGCCGUCCACCAGCACCGGAACCAACACCAACUUCGUGGAGAAGGAGAAGGAGCGGCUGGAGCGCCUGCACAAGAGCAACGCCGCCAACGACCACCACGCGCACACCCUCCACCUCCACAAGACCGUGGAAGCUGAUCCGAGGUGUCCGGAGUCGCUCCCUUUUCCUGACUCCUCAUACGGCCCCCCGCCCGCCUUCCAUCCCUUCGGCCCCUGUGAGUCCUACCCCGCCUCCUCCGGCAGGCCCCUGGGAGGCCCCCACACGCAGGACACCUCCCCCCCCAGCCCAGCCAGCCUGCUCUGGGCUCACAGGGGUCGCCUACAGCCGGCCAGCCUGGCUCUGCGCAAGCAGGAGGAGGAGGACAGCAAACGCUGCAAGGCCCUCCGGGACAGCUAUGAGCUCUCUGCUGACCUCCAGGACAAGAAGGUGGAGAUGCUGGAGAGGAAGUACGGAGGGCAGUUUGUGUCCAGGAGGGCAGCCAAGACCAUCCAGACCGCCUUCAGACAAUAUCGCAUCAACAAGAACUUCCAGAGGCUGAGAAGCUCCGCCUCUGAGAGCAGGAUGACACCACGCAUCAUCUUGUCCAACAUGAGGAUGCAGUACUCUUUUGAUGAGCAUCAGCCGCAGGGUCAAGGGUCAGCAGGUCAGCAGGGGUCGGAGGACAUGGACGACUCCUUCAGCAAACAGGUGACGUCGCUGGCAGACUCCAUGGACGACUCUCUCACCUGCCAGUCAGGUCGCGAGGACUCCCAGGAGGCGGGGGGAGAGGGCGAAGAGGAGGACGAGGAGGAGGAGGAAGAGGAGGAGGAGGAGGAGGACGAAGACUACAGGGAGUGCACCUGGCGCAGAAGCCCCGCCUCCUCCUCACGCCGCCAGGUGGUAGGCCAGGCGAGCAGCAUGCACGAGGACAGCACGGCCACCUCCUUCAGCGACGUGACGCUCUACAUGGACGAGGGCUGCCUCCCCUCCUCGCCACUCUCCUGCCCCGCCUCCAGCUCCGACACCGAGUACUGGGGCGGCGGCCGGGAGGACGGCCGAGAGACGGAGCGAGGGAGCGACGCCGGCCGGAGGAGCGGCGCCGAGUGCCGGGGGGAGUACCGGGGCAGGGCCGGGGGCGGCGGGGAAGGAGGGCACCUUCCUGUCUUGACCAUAGAGCCGCCCAGCGACAGCUCAGUGGACAUGAGUGACAGGUCCGAGCGAGGCUCCAUCGGCCGGCUGGUGUACGAGCAGGAGCCGCCGGGGGCGGAGUGUGGGGACCAGAGGGAGCAGCGGGGAGGCGACGGCGAGAGCAGAGAGGAGGAGCAAGGAGGGGGCGGGGCAGGAAGCAGCGAGGCGGAGUCGCCGCAGGGAACCAUCAAGCACAAACCCAACGGCCGCUCGGUGGUGACGGCGCAGGGACAAACGCGGUGCUCCGCCUCCCCUGCUGUGCCCCUCCCCUCAGCCCGCACCCUGCCCCCCCAGGGGCUGCCUCACCCGCUCCAGCACACCCACCCCCACCUUCCCACCGUCCUCCACCACCACCCGCAGUACAAUCAGAUGAUGCACCACGGGCACGUAUACCUGCCGCACGUGGCGCACUUCCCCCAGCACCACUACCACCACCUGCACCACCACCACGCUUACCCGGAACCCCCCUCCUCGCCGCUGCCCUCGCCCGUGCCCCCCCUGACGCCGCUUUCCCCGCUGCCGCCGUCCCCCGCCAACGUGGACGCCCAUCCGCACCUGCACCAUCCGCACCUGCACCACCCGCACCUGCACCACCACCUGCUGUGCUCCGACGGCGACAACGAGAGCGUCAACUCCACCACCACCAACUCCAACGACGACACCACCGUCAACAACGGCAGCUCGGGCUCGUCGUCGCGGGACAGCCUGCGUGAGCCCGUGGGCGUGUCCUCGCUGGCCAAGCAGACCUACCAGCGCCAGAGCCGCCACAGCUGGGACUCGCCCGCCUUCAACAACGACGUGGUGCAGCGCCGCCACUACCGCAUCGGACUCAACCUCUUCAACAAGAAGCCAGAGAAGGGCAUCCAGUACCUGAUCGAGAGGGGCUUUGUGUCGGACACACCUGUGGGCAUCGCCAGGUUCAUCCUGGAGAGGAAAGGUCUGAGUCGUCAGAUGAUCGGCGAGUUCCUGGGCAGCCGGCAGCAGUUCAACAAGGACGUGCUGGACUGCGUUCUGGACGAGAUGGACUUCUCCGGCAUGGACCUGGACGACGCCCUGAGGAAGUUCCAGGCUCAGAUCAAAGUGCAGGGAGAGGCUCAGCGGGUGGAGCGGCUGGUGGAGGCUUUCAGCCAGCGCUACUGCGUGUGCAACCCGGUGCUGAUCCGCCAGUUCCAGAACCCAGACACCAUCUUCAUCCUGGCCUUCGCCAUCAUCCUCCUCAACACCGACAUGUACAGCCCCAACGUCAAGCCCGAGAGGAAGAUGAAGCUGGACGACUUCAUCAAGAACCUGCGAGGGGUGGACAACGGCCAGGACAUUCCACGAGACCUCCUGGUGGCCAUCUAUGGACGCAUCCAGAAGUGGGAGCUGAGGACCAACGAUGACCACGUCUCUCAGGUGCAGGCGGUGGACAGGAUGGUGGUCGGCAAGAAGCCGGUUCUGUCGCUGCCCCACCGGCGGCUGGUGUGCUGCUGUCAGCUGUUCGAGGUGCCCGAUCCCAACCGAGCUCAGAGAAGCGGCGUCCAUCAAAGAGAAGUCUUCCUGUUCAACGACCUUCUCAUGGUGACCAAGAUCUUCCAGAAGAAGAAGGCCUCCGUCACCUACAGCUUCCGACAAUCAUUCCCACUGGUGGACAUGCAGGUGCACACCUUCCAGAACACCUACUACCCUCACGCCAUCAGGCUGACGUCGGCCAACCCGGGCGGAGAAAGGAAGGUUCUCAUCGUGUUCACGGCGCCGAGCCAGCAGGACCGCGCCCGCUUCACCUCUGACCUCCGAGAGAGCGUGGCCGAGGUGCAGGACAUGGAGAAGUACCGCCUGGAAGCCGAGCUGGAGAAGCAGAAAGGUGUGAUGCGGCCCGCCCCGCUGACGGGGGGCGGGGCCAUGCCGGUGGGCGGGCCCGGGGCGGAAGCGGUGAACGGCACCCUGGGCAGGCCCAGCCUGGAUGACACUUACGCCUCGGUGGACGGACUCAAACGCACGGCGCUCAGCUCCUCCCUCAGGGACCUCUCGGAGACAGGAAAGCGAGGACGCAGGAACAGUGUGGGCUCCCUGGACAGCACCAUGGAGGGUUCCAUCAUCAGCAGCCCCCGGCAGCACCAGCAGUACCACCCCGGGGGCGUCCUGGCCUACGGCCCCACCAUGGCGCCACCGUCCCCGGCAGCCUACCGGCCCCACCGCCCUACUCAGAGCCCCGGUACGGGGGUGGGUGGUGGGCCGGGGCUCUGUCACAACCAGGGAGGUUUGAGCAUCUCCCCGCUCGUAAGCGGGGGCGUGGCUGGGGGCGGCGGCGGGAUGGCGACGGUUGCCGGGCCGAGUGGCGGCGGCGGCGGCCGGCUGGGGAACUUUUUCGGCAGCCGACGAGGGAAAGUUCCGGGUCCCCUGACGAUGACUUCUCCGACGCCGCAGAGUCCCCUGAGUCCCCUGAUGAUAUCCUCCCCGCCCCACUACCCCGCUCCCGAGCCGCCCAUCGCCCACCCUUCCUCCCCUUCCCCAUGCCCCUCCCCAUCGGGCAACCUCGGCCAGUUGGACCCGGGAGGCCCGGGCGGGGCGCCGUCCAAGCUCCAGGCUUUGCACGCCCAGUAUUGCCACGGCAACAGUGGAGGAGGCGGAGUCAGUGGGCAUCAGCCGCAGCAGACUCCCCCCCCGCCUUACAACCAUCAUCACCGCUACCACAUGCAGAGCGUCCCCCAGCACCACCCCCUCAUGCAGCGGGUGUCGGUCCCGCGGCGCCAGGUCCCGUCCAGCAGCGCCGCGUCCCACAUGCAGCAGCGGGUCCAGCACGGUGCCGGCCAGCACCAACGCUACAGCGCAGUCUCUGGUUUCAUCACCCCCCCGCCACUGUCCCCGCACUCGCCUCUUACCCCACACGGACUUUACCACUCCCACCCCCGCGGCGGCGCCAAGUUGCCGCUCACCAUCUCGCACUCCCAGCCCCACCCCCACGCUCACUCUCACAACCACUCCCCGCUCAGCCUGUCUCCCACCGCCACCCCGCCCACUCACUUCAUCUUUUCCGCGCCUCCGCCGCAGACCCCGUCGGCGCGCCUUGUCACCCAGACGCCGCCCCAGCCCUACGGCCCCCACUACCCGCAGCUCUCCUCCAUCCCGCCCCCGCCACCGCACUCCCCGCUACCACCGCCGUCUGCCGCGCCGCUCUCCCCACACCCGGGGGCGGCGGGCGGCCUGGGGUCCAAGUCCAAGCCGGUCAGUCGGAUCAGCACGGUCGUGUGAGGAGCCUGAGAACCGGGGCGGCGAGCGACCUUGUCACCGCCCAUCGUAGGGCGGCGCUGAGAGGAAGCCGGCGGCGCAGGAGGAGAGCGGGCGGGCAAGUGCAAACCUAUCAAAAUGGCCGCCUGGUGAGACGGCGAGCGCUUAAAGCGGGGAAGAGGAAGUUACUUAGCCUCUGUUAUUUCCACCUCCACUUCCCCCGCGGUUAGCGCCGCCUUCUUUUAACUUACGGAAAGUGGAGUGGUCCCUUGAGCGGCCAGCGGGGGGCGCUGUACUUACUUUGUGUCCUUGAUUGACAGCCAUGCAUGUCUUGCGCAAUAGCGACUGAGUGUCCACGCUUACAGGGAACAGGGGGGCGGGGUUGGGGACCGCCAAGCCCCGCCCCCAAAGUCACUCGAGUUCUUUUGUAACUUUGAAAAGCCAUCGAACUAAAAGUGUUUUUUUUUUUUUUUUACCUCCGUGCUUGCUGGAGUUCUUGUGGCGGCUCGCAGGGUUUGGACAUUUGGACAUUUGGACAUUU